GUCAGUGGCCCUGAUAAACCCAACAAACCACGGCCUAAACUGUCAGUGGCCCUAAAAACACCAACAAGAAGGAGAAACCCAACAACGUGACUCUGAUAAACCCAGGAACAACAAAGAAGUAACUUAUCACACGCCAUGUUUACUCAGUUUCGAGUUGUUUCAAAUGUUUGCCACCACUUGAGAAAUGCACUUAAUCCACACUCGGGGAGAGGCACAACAACAGUUACAAGAUUGUUAGGCUCUUCCUCAUCUCAAAGUGCAGCAGUAGGUCCAGUAAAUAAUGGUCCAAGUUCUUGGCCAUUAUAUCUUGAUGCCCAGGCUACCACUCCAUUAGAUCCUCGGGUGCUUGAUGCUAUGCUCCCAUACCUUACCUAUCAAUAUGGCAAUCCUCACUCCCGUACACAUGCCUAUGGAUGGGAGAGUGAAAAAGCUAUGGAAAAAGCCAGACAGCAAGUUGCAGAACUCAUUGGUGCAGACAAAAAGGAGAUUAUCUUCACCUCAGGUGCAACGGAAAGUAACAACAUCAGUGUGAAAGGAGUUGCUCGAUUUUACAAAUCAAAGAAACGGCAUAUAAUUACAACUCAAACAGAGCAUAAGUGUGUCCUUGAUUCGUGUCGGGCUUUAGAAAAUGAGGGUUGGGAGGUUACGUAUUUACCUGUGCAAAAGUCUGGUAUUAUCUCAUUAUCUGAUCUGGAAGCAGCUAUAUGUCCUGAUACUGCACUUGUGUCAGUUAUGAUGGUCAACAAUGAAAUUGGAGUUAUUCAGCCUAUCAAGGAAAUUGGGGCACUUUGUCGUGAGCGUAAGGUUUUCUUUCAUACUGAUGCUGCACAAGCUGUUGGUAAAAUCCCCAUCAGUGUUCAGGAUCUAAAUGUUGACCUUCUGUCUGUCAGUGGUCACAAGCUUUAUGGCCCAAAAGGGGUUGGCUGCCUGUAUGUGCGCCGUCGACCCAGGGUCCGUGUAGAAGCCUUGAUGAGUGGAGGAGGUCAAGAAAGAGGAAUGAGGUCAGGAACUGUACCUACUCCCUUGGUGGUGGGCCUGGGUGCUGCCUGUGAAAUUGCUAUGAGUGAAAUGGAAUAUGAUCAUGCUUGGAUAACCAAGUUGUCAGACAUGUUAGUCGAAUCAAUCACGUCAAGAAUGAAACAUAUUGUAAGGAAUGGUGACCCUCUAUACGCUUACCCUGGAUGUAUUAAUCUCUCUUUUGCAUUUGUUGAAGGUGAGAGUUUAUUGAUGGCCUUGAAGGAUGUAGCUUUGUCAUCAGGGUCAGCUUGCACCAGUGCAUCUCUUGAACCUUCCUAUGUGUUGCGUGCCAUUGGUGCUGAGGAAGAUUUAGCUCAUUCUUCUAUCCGCUUUGGUAUUGGUAGAUUUACUACAGAGGAGGAAGUAAAAUAUACAGCUGAUAAAUGUGUGGAGCAUGUUACUCGCUUGAGAGAGAUGAGGUAAGAGAAAGUUAUGUUCUUUU